AAAAGCUCUGCGGUAAAGAGAAUCAACCGACUUUAUGCACUUUGUCACACCUUGAAUUUCUGAAUUCCAUUUCAGGCUCUCUUGUUCACGUCCCUACAUAACUACACACAUAUAUUCGAGAAGAAUAUGCCAACAUUCUAUUAUGCAUUGCUGCUGGCAGCAUUGUGUUUGCUCCACAUGGUGAUUGCUCAUGAUGCACAUCAACAACAAGCUGCUUUCGGUCUAGAGCAGCAAAGUGAAACUCCGGAAUCUGUCCUUCGUAAGCAUGAUCAAGUAGACGAGGCAACAGCACACGAAAAAACAUUCAAAGGAGGCGACACGUUGGCGUACGUUACGCCCUGGAAUAACCGCGGCUAUGAUAUUGUCAAAGAAUUCAAAGGCAAAUUCGACUACGUAUCUCCAGUCUGGUAUUACAUCGAAGCGCAUGAAUUUAUGCUUAUUGGUGAACAUGACGUUGAUGAAAAUUGGAUAAAAGAAGUACGGGAUGGCGGUGGUGCCAAGAUUGUACCUCGGUUCCAGUUUCGUAACUGGGAAUUUCAGGAUUACCAGUCGUUUGUCUCAAAUGCUGAGGAGGAGGCUUCCAAGGUUGUUGAUAUUAUCAUGAAUCAAGUCAGAAAAUAUGGAUUCGACGGUAUUGUGCUUGAAUGCGGCUAUCCGACAUUUUUCCCGGUCUUUGUCCAACAAUUGUCAACAGCCCUUCAUGCAUCCGGCAAGCAGUUCAUUAUCGUCCUCCCACCACUUCGAUCUGAAGAACAGAAAAAGUAUCUGAAUGCAGACAUAUUCGCUUCACUGGCACGCGUUAUCGAUCGAUUUAGCAUCAUGACCUAUGAUUAUUCCAGUCAUAUUCCAUCCGGAGGACCCUCUGCACCUAUCGAUUGGAUUAUCGACAACAUUGAACAACUGACCAACGAUGAAAACAGACAUCAGUUAUUAGUCGGAUUAAACAUGUAUGCCAUUGUGUAUCACGAAACGUCAAUGCCACAACCUCUGGUGCUCAAGGACGUUAUUGAAAAGUUUGAGGACUGGAUCGAGGAAGAUGAACCAUUCGAUUGGGACCGUGAAGCUGAAGAGCACCACGUCAAGGAUAUGGAUGGAUCCACUAUUUGGCUACCAACACUUCGUUCUAUUCGCAAUCGGGUCCAUCUUGCCGAAGAUUAUGGGGUCGGGCUAGCAUUAUGGGAGGUUGGACAAGGCUUGGAUUACUUUUACAACCUUUUGUAGUAAAGGGGAUUUGAUCUGAAG